AUAGAAGCUCUUGUAUGUAACUCGAACCAAAUAAAUAUUGCAGGCAUCUGGUGUCUACGACAGUCUAGGCUACAAUGGGAUGAAUAGCUUUUUCGAUGAUGACGAGAACGUUACAAGAGUAUAUUAGCACGGACGGGGGCUCGUCGCGGCCGACGGGCCCGUAUAUGCGUGCAAGGAGGGAGGGAGAGGAGGAACCCUUCGCGACAACAGCCCAAAGCAAGAAGCAUAUAAAAGAUACGGAGAAAGCAGAGAGGAGACAUGUAAAAACUAUGGUACUAUAAGCACAAGAAACGCCAGGGUAGCGUCCGGAUGAGAUACGAUAGGAGCAUACGAAGAAAUAUCCCGUCCUAGAGCCAGGCAUACAUUAAGGGUUGUAGAUGAGACCGAGU